AUGGGAAAACAAUUUGGAAAUGGCUCAUCUGUCACCGAAGUUUUGACUUCAGAUACAGUGGCUAAAAAAAUUGCAAAACAAAAAGGCAUGCUAAUAAACCACAAAGAAAUUGCUAUCGUAGGAAGGUCAAAUUGUGGAAAGUCCAGUUUAAUUAAUGCCCUUGUAAAUGAAAAAGUUGCGAUUGCAUCAAAAACUCCAGGAAGAACUCAGCAAUUAAUUUAUCAUACACUUGGAUUUAAAUCGCCUUUUAUCGUAAGUUUAGUUGAUGCUCCUGGCUAUGGAUUUGCAAGCGCUCCUGAUGCAGAAUUGGAGAAAUGGAAAAAAUUGACAUCAAUUUAUUUUAGCUCAUCUGCAAAUUUAUUCAGAACAAUUAUUUUAUUAGAUUCGAGAAGAGGCAUGAUGGGGACUGAUAAAAUGCUUAUGGAUUGACUGGACACUUUAGAUAGACAAUACACUAUUUGCUUGACAAAAGCUGACUUGAUAAGCGAUACAAAAAUAAAAGACUCACUGAAUAGUAUAGGUGAUUAUAUUAGAGAUCGCCCAAAAUGCUCUGAUUUGAUUCUUGUUACCAGUUCAAAGUAAUAUAUAAUUAGAUAUAAUUAUGGAAUAAGAGAAAUGACAGCUUAUUUGUCGUAUACAAUGGUAACGAAUGAAAUGACUCAGAUUAAGUAG